AUGGCCGAGGGCGCGGCCGGCAGGGAGGGUCCCGCGCCGGCCGACGCAGCCGGGGGCGAAGACGACCCUCGAGCGGGCCCGGACGCCGCCUCCGGGGACGGCGUGGCGGCGGCCCCUGGGGGCCGAGGGAGGGACCGUCGCAGCGGGGUCGCACUGCCCGGCGCUGCAGGGCCCCCGGCGGACAGCGAGGCCGGCCUCCUGGAGGCGGCGCGGGCGACCCCCCGGCGCAGCAGCAUCAUCAAGGAUCCUUCAAACCAAAAAUGUGGGGGAAGAAAGAAAACUGUGUCUUUCAGCAGCAUGCCAUCGGAAAAGAAAAUUAGCAGUGCGAGCGACUGCAUCAGCUUCAUGCAAGCUGGCUGUGAACUCAAGAAGGUCCGGCCAAAUUCCCGCAUUUACAACCGUUUUUUCACCCUGGACACAGACCUCCAAGCUCUUCGCUGGGAGCCUUCCAAGAAAGACCUUGAGAAAGCUAAGCUUGAUAUUUCUGCCAUAAAAGAGAUCAGACUGGGCAAGAACACAGAAACGUUUAGAAACAAUGGCCUUGCUGACCAGAUUUGUGAGGACUGUGCCUUUUCCAUAGUCCAUGGGGAAAACUACGAGUCUCUGGAUCUGGUUGCCAAUUCAGCAGACGUAGCAAAUAUCUGGGUGUCAGGGUUACGGUACCUGGUUUCUCGGAGUAAGCAACCCCUUGAUUUUAUGGAGGGCAACCAGAGCACACCAAGGUUCAUGUGGUUGAAAACUGUGUUUGAAGCAGCAGAUGUUGAUGGGAAUGGGAUUAUGUUGGAAGACACCGCUGUAGAGUUAAUAAAACAGCUCAACCCUACCCUGAAGGAGUCCAAGAUCAGGUUAAAGUUUAAAGAAAUCCAGAAGAGCAAAGAGAAACUAACCACUCGAGUGACAGAAGAGGAAUUUUGCGAAGCUUUUUGUGAACUUUGCACCAGGUCAGAAGUAUAUUUCUUACUUGUACAGAUAUCUAAAAACAAAGAAUAUUUGGAUGCCAAUGAUCUGAUGCUCUUUUUAGAAGCUGAGCAAGGAGUCACCCAUAUCACUGAGGAUAUGUGCUUAGACAUUAUUCGGAGAUAUGAACUUUCUGAAGAGGGACGCCAAAAAGGGUUUCUUGCAAUUGAUGGCUUUACCCAGUAUUUGUUGUCACCAGAAUGUGAAAUUUUUGAUCCUGAGCAAAAAAAGGUUGCCCAAGAUAUGACCCAGCCCUUAUCUCACUACUACAUCAACGCCUCUCACAACACCUAUCUCAUAGAAGACCAGUUCCGGGGGCCGGCUGAUAUUAACGGGUAUGUCAGAGCUUUGAAAAUGGGCUGUCGAAGCAUUGAACUUGAUGUAAGUGAUGGUUCAGAUAAUGAACCAAUCCUCUGUAAUCGAAAUAACAUGACAACACACCUUUCCUUUCUAAGUGUCAUAGAGGUGAUAAAUAAAUUUGCCUUUGUUGCUUCUGAAUACCCACUCAUUCUGUGCUUGGGGAAUCGCUGCUCCCUGCCACAGCAGAAGGUAAUGGUCCAACAGAUGAGAAAGGUUUUUGGCAAUACGCUCUAUACGGAAGCACCUUUGCCAUCAGAAUCCUACCUCCCAUCACCAGAAAAAUUAAAAAGAAUGAUCAUUGUGAAAGGAAAGAAAUUGCCUUCUGAUCCAGAUGUUUUAGAAGGAGAAGUAACAGACGAAGAUGAAGAAGCUGAAAUGUCUCGAAGGAUGUCAGUAGAUUACAAUGGUGAGCAGAAACAAGUCUGGCUGUGUAGGGAGCUCUCUGAUUUGGUAUCUAUCUGUCAAUCUGUUCAGUACAGGGAUUUUGAACUGUCUAUGAAGAGCCAAAACUACUGGGAAAUUUGUUCAUUUAGUGAAACAGAGGCCAGCCGAAUUGCAAAUGAGUAUCCAGAGGAUUUUGUAAAUUAUAAUAAGAAGUUCUUAUCAAGAAUCUAUCCUAGUGCCAUGAGGAUUGAUUCCAGUAACUUGAAUCCACAAGACUUUUGGAAUUGUGGCUGUCAGAUUGUGGCAAUGAAUUUUCAGACUCCUGGUCCGAUGAUGGACCUUCACACAGGCUGGUUUCUUCAAAAUGGGGGUUGUGGUUAUGUUCUGAGGCCGUCCAUCAUGCGAGAUGAAGUUUCUUACUUCAGCGCAAAUACAAAGGGCAUUGUACCUGGGGUGUCUCCUCUGGCUCUUCACAUCAAGAUCAUCAGUGGGCAGAAUUUUCCAAAGCCCAAGGGAGCGUGUGCCAAAGGGGAUGUCAUAGAUCCCUAUGUUUGUAUAGAGAUACAUGGAAUUCCAGCAGACUGCUCCGAGCAAAGAACUAAAACCGUACAACAAAACAGUGAUAAUCCUAUUUUUGAUGAAACUUUUGAGUUUCAAGUAAACCUGCCUGAGCUGGCCAUGAUCCGCUUUGUUGUUCUGGAUGAUGACUACAUCGGGGAUGAGUUUAUAGGGCAAUACACAAUACCGUUUGAAUGUUUGCAGCCUGGAUAUCGGCACGUUCCCCUGCGCUCUUUCGUGGGUGACAUCAUGGAGCACGUAACCCUUUUUGUCCACAUAGCAAUAACUAAUCGAAGUGGAGGAGGCAAGGCACAGAAGCGCAGCCUUUCGGUGAGAAUGGGGAAGAAAAUUCGGGAAUGCACCAUGCUCAGGAAUAUCGGUCUUAAAACCAUAGAUGACAUCUUUAAAAUAGCAGUUCAUCCCUUGCGAGAAGCCAUAGAUAUGAGAGAAAAUAUGCAGAAUGCCAUAGUGUCUGUUAAGGAGCUGUGUGGACUUCCUCCUAUCGCCAGUCUAAAGCAGUGCCUGUUGACCCUGUCCUCUCGGCUCAUCACCAGUGACAAUUCUCCCUCAGUCUCUCUUGUGAUGAAAGAUAACUUCCCUUAUCUGGAGCCUCUGGGGGCAAUUCCAGAUGUGCAGAAAAAGAUGCUGGCUGCUUAUGAUCUGAUGAUUCAAGAGAGCCGGUUUCUCAUAGAAAUGGCAGAUACAGUCCAGGAAAAGAUUGUGCAGUGUCAGAAAUCAGGGAUGGAGUUCCAUGAGGAACUUCAUAAUCUGGGGGCAAAGGAAGGCUUGAAAGGAAGAAAACUCAACAAGGCCACUGAGAGCUUUGCUUGGAACAUUACAGUGUUAAAGGGCCAAGGAGAUCUGUUGAAGAAUGCCAAGAACGAAGCUAUAGAAAACAUGAAGCAGAUCCAGCUGGCGUGCUUGUCUUGUGGACUUAGUAAAGCCCCCAGCAGCGGCACCGAGGCCAAGAGCAAGCGCAGCCUGGAAGCCAUAGAGGAGAAGGAAAGUGGAGAGGAGAACGGGAAGCUGUGACCCCGGGCAGGUCACCCGUCCUUCCUGUCGUGGACUCUGGUUUUUCUUUCUUGUUUUCUUUCUUUAAGCUUUUUAAAAGUUCACAAAAAGAUGCCCUCUGUGGGGUGUUGGACAUAAACAGAUAUUUUCACAGUGUCAGUAUUUUAUCGUAGUUAAUUUAUCUAAGUUAAAAUCUUUAGUAACAGUUUUAAAUUCUGAGGUGUGUGUACACACCCAUGUAUGGAUGUGGGUGGAAGUGUGUGUAUGUAUAUGUGUGUGUGUGAGAGAGAGAGAGAGGGAGAGACAGAGAGAGAGAGAAAAAGAGAGAGAGGGAGAGAAAGAGAGAGAGAGAAAAAGAGAGAGAGGGAGAGAGACUGUUAAAAUCUAUUAUGUGUUGCAUUAUUCAUUAGUAAGUUAUUACUUAUCAUUUGGGGACAAAUUUGUUAAUCGAAAUCCUAAAGAGCACUUACUAUAACCUGUUGCUGUGUUUAAUUUUACUUCUCUACAUUUGUCAUUUAAUUUAGAGAUCUUAACAUAGCUUCUUAUUGAAGGAAGCCAAAUUUACCAAUGCAUAGAUGCUUUGAUAGAUUAAAUGUAGAUUAGGAAAAGUCCUAAAAAUCACAGUAGAAACAAAAGUGAAUGAAAGAUAAACAAAUGAUCAGAAUUUCUGAAAAGAUCAGCAAAGUCAUUUAUUUCUUCAGUUAGUGAACUCUUUAAAGUAUUUAUUAAAUAAAAUCAAUUUUUAGAAAGUUUUCUGUAGUUGUUUUCUAAACAGAUAUGAUUUCAAAGGAAAAGCUGAUCAUAAGUGAAUUUAUUUACCCACCACUGUGGUACUCUGAAAGACUGAGAACUCUGUUGUAAUUAGGGUUUUGGUGUGACAAUAAGACUCAGUUAUAAAAUUUCAGGGUUGAGAUUUGUGGGAAGGUCUCAUUCUUCCAAACUGGGAGUCUAGCAUUUGUUUUCUUUAACAGACAUGGCAGCUCGGAGGUUUUGGCUUUGCUCAAAUUUAAUUUAGAGUACUAAAUUUAAAACAUUGUUCAAAUAAUACCAUAGCACAUUGAGCUGAUAGAAGUUCUGUGGGUCGGAUAACAUCUUCAUGAUGGUUUAAGAACUAACUGAUUACAAAGCAUCUGUGAUAUGACUUUAACAUGUGAAGAAAAACAUACACACAAAAGAAGCAAAUGAUUCAUUAGGGUACAUUUAUAAUUGCAUCCAGAUCAUUUUUACCCUAAUUUCUUCAUGAAGUGCUUGAGUGUAAUAUGUUUGUUACCUCCAACAGAACUAAAUGUUCUAUGAUUAUGAAAAUAUAUUUAUUUAAAACAUUGCUUUUAUUUUGAAAAGCUUCUUAAUUAAUUUGAUUAACAAAUACGUGAAUUUGGGGGAACAUAGGGAAGAUAAUUGUUGAAAUUUUGCAAAUAUAAACAU